CCCGUGCCCAGCGUGCCCACCGUGCCCACCGAAAGUGACAGACUGGUGAAUCUGGAAAAUGCCUCAAAGAGUUCUCAAAUGCGUAAUUCAACUUGAAAUCCACGCGGUAACCUGUCCAGGUGUGAUAUUACCAAUAAAAGAUGAUGUGUACCUCAGUGUUUGUAUCCUUGGUCAGUAUUGGAAAACAAGGUGUUUUCUCCCAGUUUUCCCCCUGCUUAUUCAUGAAAAAUUUCAAUUUGAAAAGGUGUUUGGGAAAGGUAUUGUUGAUCCUGCUGAUGUUGCUGCAUUCUUGGAAUGUGACAAUACAAAGUUUGAAUUAAUACAGUUCACUCCUUCAGGAAAUGAAACACUGGCAAACUAUGAAGAUGAUACUAGAAAUUUCUUAUUUCCUGAGCCCAAGUUAACUCCUUCAUACCCUGGAGUGGAUAGAGAAGUACUGAUGAAACGACGCUCAACAGUUUUCUUACUGACACCAAAACUAGAAUUUUCUACAACAACAACAAUUAUAGAGUAUUCUUCAAGAUCUGCAAAGAGAAUUGCCUCCAGUUUAUGUCUGUCAGAAAAUGGAAGGAAAGAGAAUCCAAUUAGAAAACCAAGAUGUGCAAAAUCAUUUAAUCUGAUAGGAAGAUCACUCACUGAAAGGAGGUCUGAAAAGGAAACCAAGAAGCCACUAAUAACGAGCAGCUCAAGGUCCCUUUCUCCUUACUGUAGGAGAUGUUUUCUCGAGCUUUGCCAAGAUGAUAUGCAGCAUUCAUCCUCAGUCAAAUCAGAGACACGUUCCAGACCGAGUUUGACAAACCAAACCUGUGACAGAAGGAAGUCAGAGAAGUAUACUCCAUCACUAUCAUGCUCAACAUUUGAUAAAAGCACAAGAGCCAGACCAAGAACUGCACAUUCGGCUUGGUGCAGUUGUGAUGUUUGCUCACCAACAUAUGAUGCAGACAAGAGUCCAAGUUUCAGAGCGCCAGUUAGCUGGGAAGAACUGUCUAGUGAUACAGAGGAGCUUAUUAGUUAUCCACUGAAUUCAACUGUUAGAGACGAUCCAAGUGAUCGGUCCUUGCCAUCUAUCUGUACAAAGAGAAAAUCAUCUAGUAGGUUUUAUUUUGAUCCAGUUAGCCACCCUGCAUGGGACAGAAUCCAUGACCGCGUACAAAAUCUUUUGGCUAGUAUUGAUGCACAGGAAAAGACCACAGCUAGGAAAGUUAGUUUCACCUGCUCACCAUGUACAUAA